AUUAAGCUUCGUGAGUGCAUUGAUUUAUCGACUGUUAACUGUCUCAUUGUUUAAUUAAAAAAUAAUCAUGGUUUCCGUAAGGACCAUUGUCCAAAAAAGGACCACGCUAAAAGCCCAGAUAACGAUGCUUCAGAAUUUAGUAGACACCGAUUCAGUCGAUCGGACAAAUAUGCGUUUGCGUAUGAAUCGAAUCACCGAAUUAUACAAAGAAUUUGAAUCGUUACAUAAUGACUUGAUUGUAGCCGAACCGGAUAACAAUCAUGAAAACGAAUUCGAAAAUCUUUUAGAUAAAUAUUUUAUAUUAGCUACUAGAGUAGAAAAAAUCAUGCAACCGGUCGCCCAACGCCUCCUCAAAUCGAACCCAUACAGCCUAAGCGAAAAUUAAAACUUCCACAAACAGUGGUUCCGACUUUUAACGGAAAUUAUGAAAAUUGGUUGUCAUUUAAAAAUUCAUUUCAAGCUUUAAUUAAGGCCCAUACCGAACUUGACAACAUUGAUAAAUUUCGUCUCCUCGACGAGGCCAUAGUCGGUGAGGCCAAAAAGAAAAUCGCUAAUUACCCUAUCGCCGAUUCAAGUUACGAAAAGGCCUGGGCCACUCUAGAACAAGCCUUUAAAGUUAAAAGAAUAAUAAUUUCGCGUCAUUUAUCCUCCAUACUCAAUUUACCGACUCAAGAGCGAGAAUCUGCGGAAGGUUUAAAUUCCCUUGUCGAUCAAUUGAGACUUCACAUCACUUGCCUUGAAACUUUAAGUGUAGAGGUCGGGCAGGAAAUGCUUGUCGUUAUAUUAGAGAGCAAGCUACAUAGAUCCACAGCUAAAAAAUGGAUUAAUACUCUCGAAAGAGACUCUUUUCCAAGUCUUGAGUCCUUUAUUAAUUUUUUGACAAACGAAGCAAUUUGGUCAAAUACCAUGUGUAUUAAUAAUAUCAAACGUGACCCUAAUGGUCGAUAUAUUGCUAGGUUACCAUUUAUUAAAGGCGAUCGUACGCUUGGUGACUCUAGAGCAGCAGCCUAUCGACGCUUCCAUGCAUUAGAAAAUAAAUUUUUAUCUAAACCAGAAUUAAAACCAGAAUAUCACAAAGUAAUGCAAGAGUAUCUUGAGCUUGGUCACAUGUCACCUGUCUCAGAUAAUUCUGAGCAUAAAUAUUAUCUACCGCAUCAUACUGUGAUUAAAAAAUCCAGCUCGACUACUAAAGUUCGAGUAGUCUUUGAUGCAUCUGCUAAAUCAAAUAACAAUAAAUCACUUAAUGAUAUUUUAAUGACAGGUCCUACUAUUCAAAAUACCAUCUUUAAUCAAUUGCUCAAAUUUCACUCUCAUAAAUAUGUCCUUACAGCUGACAUUGAAAAAAUGUAUCGUCAAAUUCUAUUACAUAAAGACAAUCGAGCAUACCAAAGAAUACUUUGGCGUGUGGGCGAUCAAAUUAAAACUUUUGAAUCAAAUACAGUAACUUUUGGUGUAACCUCGUCUCCAUUUUUGGCUAUCCGUACCAUUCAUCAAUUAGCUGAUGAUGAAGCAAAUCAUUUUCCACGUGCUGCGCAUAUUCUAAAAAACGACUUGUAUGUUGACGAUCUUUUGACAGGUGCAAGUAAUAUAUCAGAAACGCGUCAGCUUCGUGAUAAAAUUGUUAAAUUAUUAAAACAUGGUCAAUUCAAUAUACGCCAGUGGGCUUCUAAUGAACCAAAAUUAAUAGCAGAUUUAUCUAAUGUCAAUGUUAAUUCUAAUUUUUUACUCGAUAAAAAUUGUACCUUAAAAACUCUCGGUAUUUCAUGGGAAGCAAAAUUUGAUGUAAUUAAAUACUCAGUAAAAUCUAUUGUAAUGCCAGAAAAAAUUACUAAAAGAAAUAUUCUGUCCGAAAUUGCAAGAAUAUAUGAUCCCUUGGGACUAGUCGGGCCAGUCGUCUUGCACGCAAAAAAGAUUAUGCAAGAAAUAUGGCAGGCUAAGGUUGAUUGGGAUGAAUCCGUCCCUAUUCAUAUAUAUACGUCUUGGCAGAUUUUUGUUGACGAAUUAAAAUAUCUAAAUAACAUUUCCUUUGAUCGGCAUAUUUUAACCGACAUUAGUUGUGACGUUCAAGUACAUGGUUUUUGCGAUGCCAGUAACAUAGGUUAUGGUGCAUGCCUUUUUAUAAGAACGACUUUAGCAGACCAGUCUAUACAUUGUAGAUUGUUAUGCGCUAAAUCUAGAGUCGCUCCUAUAAAACAAAUAACCAUACCUCGCCUUGAGCUUUGUGGAGCUCAAGUAUUGACUCAACUAUAUAAAGAAGCUUCAAGCUCUUUUAAUUUUUUACCGUCAAAAAUAAUUUUUUGGUGUGACUCUACUGUUGGUUUACACUGGUUGAAAACUCCGCCUAACCUAUUAAAUGUUUACGUUGCCAAUCGAGUAGCUAAUAUUCAAGAAUUGUCUGAAAAAGCUUGUUGGCGACACGUAAAAUCUGAGGACAAUCCAGCUGACGCUCUAUCACGAGGUCAGCUGCCUCAAGCAUUAGUUGCCAACAAACAAUGGAGUUUUGGUCCUUCUUGGCUUCAAGAAGUUGAAGCCCAAUGGCCUGAGCCCAUUGAAAUUCUCGAUAAAACUACUUUAGAAUACAAGAAAAAUGUUUGCUUAAUUAUUUCUGAGCAACAUUUUUCCAUAAUCAAUACCUUAAUAAAAAAUUGCUCGACUUAUCAAAAAUUAUUAAGAACAUAUGCGUAUGUACGAAGGUUUAUCCUCGCCUUAAAAAUACGCUGUUCUAAGACAGAUGACAAAUCAUCUGAAAUACUUCAAAAUAAAUUUUUAUCAAGUCAAGAGAUUGCUCAAGCUGAGCAUGAGCUUUUAAUCUGGAUUCAAGGUGUAUAUUUUGAGACGGAAAUUAAAAUUUUUAGCUCGCAAAUUCUAAGUAAAAAUACACGAUUUAAUAAUCUAUGUCCAUUUCUCGACGAGAAAGGCCUACUACGCGUAGGUGGGCGUUUAAAACGAGCUAAAAUUUCCUAUAAUCAAAAACAUCCUAUUUUAUUACCCUCUAAAAAUUAUUUCACUGACUUAAUUAUAAAAGACAUUCAUUUUAGACAAUUACACUCAGGUAUACAAACUACCUUAAAUGCCAUGCGUCAACGUUUUUGGGUACUUGAUGGAAGAAAUCAAGUACGCCAAGUCAUACGUAAGUGCAUGACUUGUUUCCGCUUUAUAGCUGAAGCAGAAAAAUUCAAAAUGGCUGACCUGCCAGAAAAUCGAGUCAAUGCCCGAAAUUUAUUUAAAAAUGUCGGUAUUGACUAUUGCGGUCCAUUUUUCAUAAAAGAGAAAAAAUUCCGUAAUACCACUAAAAUAAAAAUAUAUGUAUGUGUCUUUGUGUGUAUGUCCGUAAAGGCAGUACACUUAGAAGUAGUUAGUGACCUAACAACUGACGGUUUUUUAGGAGCGUUGCGGCGAUUCAUUGCAAGACGCGGUACCCCUGUUAAAAUCUAUUCAGAUAACGGUACCAAUUUUAUCGGUGCGAAAAAUCAAUUAAAAGAAUUAUAUAAUUUACUAAACUCUGAUGAGCAUAAACAUCUGGUGCAUAACUUUACAGCGUCACAUAUACCACGAAUAUCAUGGAAUUUUAUUCCACCAUUAUCACCUCAUCAAGGGGGACUGUGGGAAUCCACAGUAAAAUUAUUUAAACAUCAUCUCAAACGGGUAGUAGGUGAAUCACUUUUCACAUAUGAAGUAUUCACCACCUUCACCACUGAGGUUGAAGGUAUUUUAAAUUCAAGACCUCUCACACAGAUGUCCUCUGAUCCAAAUGACCUUAAUGUCCUUACACCUGCACAUAUUCUAAUCGGUGAACCUAUUCGAAACUUGCCGGAACAAGAUUACACUGAUACACCCACUAAUAGAUUAUCAUUUUGGGAACAUAUUACCAAGAUGAAACAACAUUUCUGGGCUCGUUGGCAUAUUGAAUAUUAACACGAGUUACAGAAGUCAUAAAUGGGCUAAGGACACCGCUAACAUUAAGGUUGGCGAAAUAGUCCUCCUGGUGGAGAAAAAUGCUCCGUGUACUAGUUGGCCACUUGGACGAGUGAUCGAGGUAUAUCCAGGAGCUGACCAAGUAGUCAGAACCGCAGUCGUGAGGCGGCCAAUGGGACCUACACCAGAUCAGUCACAUUGCUGUGCCCGCUGCCAUUCAAUGACGUCACACCAGUUCCGAACCAAUAAUUAUCAAUAUUUGUGUCUUUUUAUUAUGUAAUCUGUUACAGGAGGAAUUGGAACCAGUACAUAUUAAAUUAAAAUUAAAAAAAAAAAAAAAAUAUAUAUAUAUAUUGUAACUGAUUUUUCCACCGAUAAAGUAGAAGCCUCAGUUACUAUGGGACCAACGAGGAUUUCUCACCAUCCUCCUCUCUUACCGCCAGGAGGGAGCCAGCUGGUGUAUAACGGCAACCAACGGACCGUGGGGUAAUUUCGGGAGCAAUGGCCGCCGACGGCCAUUUCGGUAGCGACUAGUUCAGUAAGAAAAUGGUAGAGGGGCGCGGUCCACCAUAUUAGUUCCAAAACGUCACUCUGGCACCAUUACUAAAAUGUAUAUUGUUUUUAGUAUUGGCCGGGAGCGUAAUAACCUCACCCCGCGGCGGCGGUUAUUACCGUGAUCAUUAACUUUGGUUUAACUCACUCGCACAACCUAAGUCAAUACGAGAACGAGGAUAUUCGUACCUCACAGGCUUUACCAAAUAUACUCCUAUUGCCUACUCACUCUAGUGCACCAAGUAGUCGAACAUAAAGUCCAUCCGCAGCCACGCUGGUCUUACGCCGGACCACUCUAUGCAUCUGACUACUCGAUUAUAGGUUACCCUGACAGUAAGUAACCACACUAGAGCGAGAGAGCGAGUGAUAUACAACGUCCUACCUAUACAGCGUAGCGACAUCGUAAAUCACCCCCGAGAGCAUGCACCACGCAUCGGGAGCUUGGUUGGACUCAUCAGUGACAUCAACUAGUUCCAUCCUAGGACCCAGUCGACGUCAUCGUCUAAGUCGGCUAACUCCACCAAGGAGUCAUGCCAGCUUCACCAAUGAUAUCAACUAGCUCCUCCAUAGGAGCAUGUCGACAUCACCAAGUCACCAGCCAACUCCACCAAGGAGUCAGCUAGCUUCAUCGGAAGCCAACCACGGACUGUCACCAGUCCCGGUGCCAUCAGCCAGCUCCGAGAGCCGGCCGACGACUGGCAGUGAGAUGCCAGCGAUCACCAGUUUUAUGGACUCUCUAUCCCCACUCCCGUUUGACCCACUCCAUACGACCAUCUGUGCGCACACCUCGAUGCGACUCUCCGGUGGGAGUGUCGAAGUAGGGGAUACGAAUCUGUCGUAGCCAGGGUAGGAAUCCGGAUUAUCCACUCGUGGUGGAUGUCUACCAAGUCAACACUGACAUUCAGGCGAAAAUGGAUGUCACUACCGAGGCCACUCACAAACCGGUGGUAUUAAUUAGCGUCUUAGUCGAUAAAACCCCUCAGACCAGACCUCUAAUUAUUUUCGGGAGCGCGAGAUCUGCCAAAUCUCGUUACAAUAUAUAAUGAUAAUAAUAAUAAUUAGGAUAUUUUCUGUAUAAUAUGCUAAAUUUAAUUGAUCAUAUUACUAUGUAAUUAUUUCAAUCUAGAAUCAUGAUAUUUAAACUUACGUCAUAGGUCAAUAAUUUAAUCAAUUAGAUUUUCGAUUUUGCUGAAGUUAAAUUAAUAAUUAGAAUAAUUAUGUUUUCAAUUUUUCUAAAUGACCAAUUUUCUAAAUUUUAAUUUGAUUAUAUUUUCAAUUUUUUUUUUUUUAAACUAUCGAUUGUCAUAAUUCAAUUUAUUAUAAUAUGUUUGUAAUUAAUAUAUUAGGAAUAUAAGAUAGUGUACUGGCCAGGUUUUACCAUGGUUUCCCUGAGCCUUUUACGGAAUCGGGUAUACUCAAAAAGACGAUGCCAUGGGUGCACAAGCACAUCGCACUUACACUGAUAAUGAUUAUAUCAAAUCAUCAAAUAUAAAAAUAUUUUUUAUCAUCAUGUAUCAACUGUUAAAUAAGUUUAAUUUUAAAUGCAAUAUUUGAGUUGAUCGUGUACUCUCUCAACGGGGGGAGUAUGUUCCGUCGGAAAGAGAGGUAAGCGAGAAGAGAGAGGGAAAGAAAAAGAUAAAUUUUAUUUGAGAAAAAAUAAGUUUGAAAAUGUAAAGUAAAAUAAAAGGUAAAACACACAACACAUUGAGCCAGCAGGUCUAAUCUUCUGACGGCACGAGCCGAUGCCGACUAAUCCCUCAAACUGACAACGUUUGCCAUUAGAAAAAUGUUGCAGUUUGAGGACAAUGAGGAUUAGGCCGCUGACCUCGAAGACCACCCAGUCUUUCGAGAAAUUAAAUAAAUUAUAUGUAAAAACAUUUUGGAAGUUUUGUCGGGUCCAAGCGACGCUUAUACAAGCGUCGUUUGGCCUUCUAGAAUUUUCCAGAUUUUUCAUUACUUAGGCCCAGAAGCUGGUUAGCGUCCUGGACCUUUUUUCUAGCAUCAGUUGCAUUCGCAAUCCCGUAGCCUACGGAACUCUCUGUUGUCACUUGCUCUUACAAAAAAUCAACUUAAAUAAAUUUACAAGUUAAUAAAUAAAUUUAAUUUAAUUUGAUAAACAAAUUAAAUAGUAAUAUAAAAUUUAAAUAAUAAUUUGAAUGACGAUAAUUAAAAUUAAACGAUAAAAAAUAUAAAAAUUAUUAUUGUGUUAAUUAUUUAAAUUACGUAUCCUAUACUUUAUUACCAGAUAUAAAUCCCUUAACGGGCAAUAUAUCCAACAUUAUAGGAUUAAAAGAUUAAAAAGAUUAGAAUAAUAGAAAGUAAAAACUAUUUCCUAAGAAAAAAAUCUUUUAGUCGGGAUAGGCAUCACCUGAUUUUCCUUCUCUCACAAAAUAUCAACCAAUCACGACGUUCCCCCACUGCUAAAAAAAAUUAAAGUAGGGAUAAGCAUAACCUGUUUUUCCUUCUCCCACAAAAUAUUAACCAAUCACAACAUUCCCCCAUUCUUAGUGAAGAGAGGUAAGGGAACUCUUCGUUGGUGGGGGACCUGAGAUUUAGUAUAUAUUCUCGUGCACAGAGACUAAGCAUCACUCAUCGUUCAGUCCAUCAGCUGUAGUGCGCUUAGUCUUAGAAACCAACAAAUAUUAAAAAUGGGUUUUGCAAAAGCAAAAAAACUUCAAAAAGCUAACCAACGCAAAUCAUUGAAAGAUUUAAAAAGGAAAGUGGUUUAUAAAAUUACUAAAGUAGUGCGAUUUCCAACAUCAAAGUAUGGUCCAGCGCUAACAGUUGAAAUCAACAAUGAAAAUUAUGCAUGUCUACUGAAAAGAUUUGCUGAACAAUUCAAUUAAGAUGAUGAAAAAUUUAAGGAACUAGAAAAUGCUGUCAAGAAAGGAAGACUAACCAUGGUUCUCGAUGGUGAAAGUAAUCAAGAUGUAAUAUUAGAUGACAUAUAAUCUACAUGAUUUCGAUGAUGAUGAGGAAAUGUGAAUAAAUAAAUGAAAUAAACGAAUAAAUACACUAAAA